AUGCUGCGCGGCUUCUUCUUCCCUCCCUCCUCCUUCUCCUCCCUCCCCUCCCCUGCUCCCUUGUGCGUCCCACGGCGCUUCUUCCGGUCGACUUCAUGGCCGCGCAUGGAGGCGACGGAGCGGUCGGGCGCGUCGGAGGAAGGUGACAUGGAGGAGUUGCGGUCAGCAGUGGAGGACACGAUGAAGUGGAAGAGGGAGGACAUGAGCUCGCACAAGAGCAUGAACGAGACCUGGAGCAGAGUCAAGCUGAAAGAAAACAUGCACAACUUCGUGGAGCCGACGGCGAUCGUGUACUACGAGAGAGACUACGAGGAAGAGCUGAUCAGCGUAGUGACCACUUACGAUGUCUUGCGAACAGACGCCCCCCAGCCCAAUCAUCCGGCUCGUAUCCCCCCGAAGCAUUACUCCACCACGUUUCUCAUCGGCAUCUCUAAGAAGCGAGCGACGCUGCCCCUCUUCUUCGAGUGCGAGGCAAGCUGGAGCGAAUUUCGAAUCCUGCGGUUGAGCUUGGGGACGGCGAUGAACAGCGGCUUCAUGGCGAACGAGGCCAGCAGGUCCGCCAUGCUGUACAACCUGUUCAUGAAGAGGAGCGACGAGCGGGAGGGGAAUGAGGACGCGAUUGCAGAGUACGAACAAUUCGAGGGUCUGGACUCGAAGCGAUUCAGCAAGCUGGAUGCUCGGCUGCAGAAAGGGUUCAGGGAGUACCUGGAGGUCCGGGGGAUAGAUCAGCAGUUCCUGCGAGACAUGAUCCAAGAGACGCUGCAACAGAAAGAUCGCAAGUGCAUGAACUUUCUCAAGGACAUCAAACGGUACUUCAGGGUGAAAGAGGAUGACGUUUGA